UUAAAGCUUCGCGUGUCAACAUCGUGAAAUUUCGCGAUUUUCCUCUCACACUCUCACUCUCUUAUUCACGUUUUUCUAAUGUGUCAUUUCGUAAAGUGACAAGAGGCACGUGUCAACGAAAAAAAAUUUAGUGAAACUUGUUUUUUUUCGACAAUUUUUCAAAGGAGACAAUUAUUUUUUCUCAUUAUGGAAAUUUUUUUGUGUUUGGUGACAUUAAUUGUCACUGGAUUCGUCACUGCUCAGGAGUCAUCAGCAUCAUCGUCAGGAAUUGAUCUUGCGAGUACUGUGAAACUACUUCAGGAGCAGGUCAGCGCACUUCUUGAGCAUCGACAAGAGGAGUAUAAUGCUCUUGAGGAAAGUCUCAAGAGGGCCAUGGAGAAGAAUACAGAACUCAUUGUUUUGAAGAAUGAAGUUAAAUUUUUGAGAAAGGAAGUGAAUAUCCUGCGGGGCGGAAGUAGCAACGAGGCGAAGAACGAGAGAUUGAGGGUCCGAUGGUUGGGCAGUGCCGUGACGGAAUUACAAAGCGAAUUGGCCGAGGUCCUUAGAUCGAGAAAUACAAGUGAAGAAUUUAUCGAAAGAUCAAGAAUGAGAAGUGAAAUUGUUUUAUUGAGAAGUGAUGUGGCCGAAGUGGGCCGCGGUAUUCGCGAUAUGGGGGUGAGAAUGACAAGUCUUGAGGCGUCAUUUGGAACUGUUCGCAUGGACAUUGCUGCUGUCAAGGAGCGUGUCAGUCAAUUGUCGAGGACCUGCGCCGACGUCAGUAGUCAGUUGAGUACAGUGCAAAUGGAAAUGAAAUCAACAAAAUACGAGCACAAUUCGGAGCAGAAACUCAAUCAUCAUCAACUUUCACGGAACGAAAUUCAAAUUGACUCGAAACGCUCCUCACAUCAUACACGUCAUUCCUUCUCGCGACUGCCAACAACUCUUCGUCAUUUUGAAGAGCGUCUCGGUAAUUUGGAGCACAAAAUUGCCGUUGUGGCGAGAAAAAAAUCUGUCGUUGAAAAACGUGUUGUAUUCGAGGAUCAAGCCGAUUUAUUUAAUCGAAUUGAGAAACUCGAGAAUCUCGAGCAAGAUUUGUCCCGUCGUGUUUUUAAUGUCAGUCAAGAUGUCAUUGAAUCGAGAAAAUUGAGCGAAUCAAUGGUUCAAUUAUUCGAGUCUGUCGAGACACUUGAGGAUAAAUUUGAGACAAAUCAAUCCGACGCGAAACGUGAAAUUGCCCGCUUGGAUGUGAAUGCAGCGAGAAAAGCCGCUGAAUUAUCAUUGACACGUGAGGAAUUGGGCAAUUUGAAGAAAGCCGUUCAGGCAUUGAGCGUUAGCGCUUCAAAAUUACAGGAGAAAAGCGAUCAGCAACAUGAGGCAAUUGUUAAUUUGACGUCGUCAUUGGGGAAAAUUGAUUUGGAUCGCACUAUCGAUAAGGCCAGUAAUAUCACCAAGGAACUCGAACACGUCGAAGAUCAGUACAGAUCAAUGAUCGACGCCCUUCCAGGCAAUUGCAAAGAAAGGGACGGUCUGACUUUAUUAGCACCUGGUCCAGGUGCACCGCUUCUAGCCUCAUGCAGUAAAGGUUGGAUUGUUGUUGGCCGAAGAACAGAAGGGACAAUUGACUUUGAUCGCAGCUGGAACGAUUACGCCACUGGUUUUGGUUCGCCAGUCAAUGAAUUUUGGGCAGGAAAUGAGGCCCUCCAUCGUCUCACAAGGGACAAUUGUACGAGAUUGAAAAUCGAUUUAAUUGACAUUGAUGGCACAUAUUGGCAGGCAAACUACGAAUACUUUACCGUUGACACUGAGGAAUCUGGUUAUAGAUUAAGAAUUUCCGAUUAUUCCGGCAAUGCCACCGAUGCGAUGUCCUAUCAAAAUGGAAUGGCAUUUAGCGCAAAGGACAGAGACAUGGACAUUAGUCCAAGUGAUUGCGCCGCUAAUUAUCAUGGCGGUUGGUGGUUCAGUCAUUGUCAGCACGCAAAUCUCAAUGGUCGAUAUUCCCUUGGGCUCACAUGGUUCCGUUCCGAUAUCAAUGAAUGGAUGGUGAUUGCCUCGGCGGAAUUGUCCGUGCAGAAAAAGAGUCACUGCUAAUCAUUUUUACAAAUUUUAUAAAACAUUUUUUUUAAUUUUUUUUUUUAAUUAGAGAAAGAGAAUUUUAAUUUUUAAUCGUAAAUUGAAUUAUAUAUUUAUUUAUUCAGAGUCUCUUAUUAUAGUGAGCGAAUUUUAUUACCUGAAGGAACUUUGGGAAUAAUGCUCGUUACUCGACAUGUUUCUUGAAAAGAAAACAGUGUACAGAGAAGAAAAAAAGUAUCCAAUGGAAGUGAGAAUAAUAUUCAUCUGCCAUUUUAAUUUAUAGAAAAAAAAAGUUUUAUAGAAAACAAAUUUUAUACUACGAGUCAAUUUUAUCAAUAGACAAAUAGCGAUGAGACUAUGAAAGUUAAAAAUCGAAAAGAAUUAUUUCACAUCAUUAAUUCAGAAUUAUUGUUUUUCAUUAAUAAUAUAAAAAAAUAUUAUUAAUAAUUAAUACAAUUAAUAACAAAUAAUAUAAAAUUAUAUUAUUAAUAAUUAAUACAAUUUUGAAUCAGUUCCUUAAACUACGAAAAUUAAAAAAUUGUAAAAUUUUAAUUUCUGCGUCUCGUCGAAAAUGCGUUCAGACCAAAGACUUGAUCAUAUUUGUAAAAUAAGAAUAACUUGUAAAUAUUGUAAAAAAUGUCCACAUCACGAACCAAUUUAUACAGCAGUGUGUAAAAAAAAUGUUUGUAUGUUUUUAUAAAAAUAGUCAGUAAUUUUAAUCGAAAAUAUUGU